UAAAUUCGCAAUUUCGCAGACAGCAUGGCCGAGCCCCAGACGUCCCGCACGCUGCGCAACACGGCCAAGGUCCAGCGGUACCGGAAGCGACUUGUGGCGACCAAGGAAGACCUCAUCGACCAGGCGACGCGCCUUCAGACCAUCAUCACCGUCCACAAGCUCACGGCGCCCUUGGGCUGGGACGACGUCUGCUCGGCGCUGGCGGCCGCGCGCGACGAAGCCAGCGCCUCCAACCGUGCGCUCAAGGACAAGCGCUACGAGAUGGACCAGAUCAUCGCUACAAUGACCAAAUGGGUCGCUUCAAUGACGCAGCCUUCGAUCCAGUCGAUGCUGCCAGAGUCGCUCGGCUGGAGUCGCACGAGCUUGUCGGCGGACCGAGCGUCGCGCAAGAUGGGAUUCGACUGGUACACUCUCCACCUGCGCAACAAUAUGGACGGGUUCUUUGCCCAGUGCAACUUUCCCCCGAGUGGCGGUACCAACUGCCUUCAUGUCGUCGAAGGCGACGACGAAAUCUUCCAUUUUGUCUGGAGCUACCAGCACGAGUACGAGCUGCCGAUACAAGACGUAUACGCCGGCAUCCGCUUGCCGAUUUGGAAAAAGCUGCGCUCCGACACGUCGCCGUUUCCCAUUGAAAUGCUCGACCAAGAGCUUUUGGAUCAAGUCGCGCCAAGCAAGAUGAUGUACCGGCGGGUCGUGCUCUCCGAGAAGCGUACCGAUGUGCUCCUCACACGAGAAUUUCCGGCCGACGCCACCAGCGAUCGCAUUAUAUUUGUGUCGGGCAACAUUCACGAAGACGCACUCCUCCCCGAGAGCCACUACCUGCGCAACCGCAUGUUUUGGCAUGUACUCGAACCAGUUGGCCCCAACCGCACGCGGCUCCGGGUUGUCUGGACGAUUUCGUCCUUCUUAUCCAAUAAGAAGCCCGUGACGUGGGCAGAAGAGGCCGCAGUGCUCAAGCGCGACCUCGGCGACGGCCCCGAGCAUGUCCGAAAGCAACGGUUCCAUGACAUUAGCCGGUGCGAUAUGGCCAUGCCCGACGACGCCUGGACAGCACUCUUUACGUUCGAGUACGAAGCAUCGUAACACCUCAAGUCUCGCUCCCAAGUAUGUCUAUCGGCUAUCUAUGUAAUGUACUAUAAUCAAUCGAGUCAAGUCUACUACUAGAGCGUGCA